GGUAGGCGCAGUGGCAGCACCGUCGGCUGCAUGCGCAAGAGCACGGUAAAUAGUUUGUUCGAAAAGCUGUUACGAUUCAAUUGAUAGUGAUAAGUGCUGUUUUGAUACUACAUCUACACUGUUUAUUGUGAAAAGAUACAAUGGCGACAGUAACAAUUUUACUGGCGUUAGCGCUAUGUUAUGCUGCCGAGGGCAUUCACCUUAGCUACCGACCAUCAACAUCGCAACUGUUCCUGCAAACCACACCGAGUUUGCACAUAACUGGACCUGCAGCCACUUUCGCGAGGGUUGCAGCAUUUGGCCCCCAAACUGAAAGACGGCGUGUCACUGGAUUUGGCCCGACACCUGAUGCAGCCUUCUUCGGACCAACUACAAGUUUUAGCAAUCCUCCUCCUCCACCUGGUGCGGACCAGGACCCAGCUUCUCAAACUUGUGGACUUGCACCUCCAUUCUGCACGAAGUCGCGUUACAGAAGCAUUGAUGGUACCUGCAACAACCUCGAAAGACCUCAUUGGGGUAUACCUAACACGCCUUUUGGUCGAAUCGCGCCUGUUAACUACGAUGAUGGUGUGAGUGCCAUAAAGACCCUUUCGAAGACCGGCCGACCUCUGCCGAAUUCCCGUGAACUUAGUCUACAGCUGUUCCCUGACCUGCAGAUCAUUGACCCCGUAUGGACCCUAAACACACAACAAUGGGGACAAAUUGUAACCCACGACAUGGCACUAUCAGCUGGCGAAGUACAAGCUCCGGAUUUCAAUCCACCGAAUAAGGAAUUAACGGACUGCUGCGAUGACAACGGGAGACUGACGUUCACUGCCCAAACGAACCCCUCUUGUGCUCCCAUAUUGAUACCUCGUAAUGACCCUGUGCAUGCACCACGAGGAACACAGUGCAUGAACUUUGUAAGAACGGGAACAACCAGGGAUAGAGGAUGCACUCCACCCAAUAUUCCUGCUGAACAGCUAACGUCAGUCACAGCCUUCAUGGAUCUCUCUAUUGUCUACGGCAGCAGCCAAACUCAGGCCAAUCCCAUCAGAGCUCGUCAAGGAGGUCGUUUAUUGACCAUUGUGAGAGGAGGUCGGGAAUGGCCACCACAGGAUCCUAACUCAACCGUCAUCUGUGAAACUGCGCAGUCACCUAAUGAACCUUGCUAUUUGACUGGUGACAUCCGUGUGAACCAAAACCCUCAGUUGACGACUCUCCAAGUCGUGCUGAUGAGGGAACACAACCGCAUCGCUGACGCGCUAGCUCAGCUCAACCCUCACUGGAACGACGAGACCAUCUUUCAAGAAGCCAGACGUAUCCACAUUGCUGAGAUACAACACAUCAACUAUUAUGAAUACCUUCCUAUUCUGUUAGGUUUUGAGAAUAUGGUGAAGAAUAAACUCAUCUACCCUGGUGCUCACGGCUACGUGAACGACUACAACCCUGGAGUGGAUCCCUCCAUCCUCAAUGAACACACCACAGCUGCCUUCCGUCACUUCCACUCUUUGAUCAGAGGUUAUUUGAAGUUAAUUUCAGAAAGCCGUCGCGCCAUCGGAGCUGUGCGCAUGAGUGACUGGUUCACCCGGCCACAACUUUUGGAACUUGACAACGCCUUCGAUCACUUGGUUCGAGGACUUACAACCCAGCCACAAGACUUCAGCGACCAGUCCUUCGAUAGUGAAAUCACUCAGUUCCUGUUCAAGCGUAACAAUACUUUUGGAGGUGACCUGCGUGCGAGAGACAUCCAAAGAGGUCGUGACCACGGUUUGGCUUCGUACAUUACUACUAGAGCUGCUUGCGGUCUUCCUGCUCCUAAGACCUUCGCUGACAUGUUGGACUUCAUUUCUCAAGAGAACGUGGCUGCUCUCCAAAACCUUUACGCAACUCCUGAAGACGUAGACCUGGUGGUAGCUGGUUCUUUGGAGCGCAACGUGCCAGGAGCUCAAGCUGGACCGACCUUCCUCUGCAUCAUCACGGAGCAGUUCUACAGGACACGUGUUGGAGACAGAUACUUCUAUGAAAAUGGAGCUGAUCCUGACAUUGCUUUUACACCAAGCCAGCUCGACUCGAUACGCAAGGGAGCAUCAAUGGCGCGGCUGCUGUGUGAUAACAGUGACGGAAUACAAUCUAUGCAGCCCAGAGCCUUCCAACAGAUAUCGCACACGAACGAACUUGUACCAUGUGCAUCGCUGCCAGCUAUUGAUCUAACCUUAUGGCAAGAUGCAAGAGGCCAUUUUUAAUAUAUAAGAAAUAGUAUUAAAUAACAAAGAAAACAAAUUAAAAUGUCACCUAGAACUAACAAAGAUUAAUUUGUUAAGAACUUUUUCAAAACGAAACUUCUGAAAUAACAAUUGCACAACACUAUUAUACUAUGCUGGGAUAAUAGUUUUUUAAGCUUGACGUGACGUUUUGAGUUAAAUAGCUUAACACUUAACAAUUUUUGCUUUUUUAACAAGUUUUAUCGACAUGAUUAAACAAACAAUACUUUUUGAUAUAAGUCUAUCAGAAUCUGUCCAUCAAACAAUUUUUCAAUUUCAUUUCCAAAUGUAUACAUUUUUUUAUUUAUUUGUACAGAUUUUGACACUAAGUUGUAUAAUAAUGUGUGAACAUUGCCAUUUUUAUGUUUGUGCUAUUCUAGAAUACGUAAGUACAUGUUUUGACAAAACCUGAAUGGAUAAUAAUAUAUUUUUUUCAUACUAAAGAUAUGAAUGGAACGUAAGAAAGCUGUGUGUUUGUAAUGCUGAACUAAUAAAGAAUUAUUUUUAUGUA